AUGUUAAAUAAAAUUAUUGGUUUGAAUUCUUUCCUGAUCAUUAUCCCUUAUGGAUUACUUUUUAUAUUGGCUGUUCUCGGAAAUGCGAUAGUUAUUGUAACUUUAUUAAAGCACAAAAGAGUGCAUACUAUAACGAAUAUUUAUUUGAUCAAUUUGGCCAUUAGCGAUCUGAUUCUUGCCGUUAUGUGCAUGCCCAUCACUUUGAUGGCAUAUUUGUUGAAAAAAUUUAUCUUCGAUAUAACAACGUGCAAAAUUAUCCUGUUUUUACAAGCUUUAUCUAUAUCCUCUAGCGUUUGGACAUUAGUAACCAUAUCUUUAGAGCGCUAUUUUGCUAUCUGUAAGCCAUUAUUUUCUAGAAGGUGGCAAACUAUAACUCAUUCCUUAAAGAUCAUUCUCUUGGUCUGGAUUUGGUCCAUCGUAAACGCUCUCCCUAUAUUGUUAGUCAGUGGCUUAAAGUUGCUUAAUGUCGAAAUUGUAAAAAUGCCGAUUUAUAGUUUCAGCAAAAGCUCAAACUUCUCGGAAAAUGUGAAUUUAUCUUAUCACCCGAAUUACCAAUAUCAAAACAUUAAACAUAAAACUUUCGCUUGCCGUGAGAUAUGGCCCAAUUCAAAAGUAGAAGGCUUCUUCAAUUGGUUCCUUAAUUUCUCCUUAUUAAUUUUUCCUUUAAUAAUAAUGGUUUAUGCUUAUUCAAAAAUAUGUAUGGGAUUAUGGAAAGCUGCAAAAUACGAAAAAAAAUUUCAUGAAACUAUAACAAAACAUGAUGAGAAGGAUUAUUGGAAUCACACUCCCCUUGUCAAAUUAAAUUGCAGUAAGAGAUAUGGCAAUAAAAUUGAGGAGAAAUUGGAUAAAACGUUGGCAAAACGAAGUUACGAUGUGGAAAAACAUCACGUGCCCAAUAAUAGGUUAAGCCUUCAUACAAAUCCCAUAAAGGUUUUUAUAACUAAGAAAGGUAAAAAGAAUUACAAAUACAAAACGAACAAUUUGUAUCAUGAAAACUCCUCAAAAAAACCCUCCAACAGUUCUAAGACUAAGAUUUUAACAAGUACCACGGAAGUAUUCGAUUAUCAUUUAAAACAAACUCGCCUUUGGAGCAAAUCCCUUUCCAAUCCUCAAAAUUAUUAUAAGCCAAAAAUUAUUUUGACAACCAGAAGAUCCCUACCUCACGAUAAGGCAAUUAUUGAUUCAAAUUUGAAAAAUUAUACCCAUUCCGACUUGACUCCCUUACACAAUAUAUUCCUCAAAGUUACUCAUAGCAAUAAAAUUAUUAACACUAAAGCAUCCUUUACUUAUGAUUAUAAUUUGAAACACGAGGUGUUACCAUCGUUUAAAAAGAUAAAAAAACAUAUGGCCCGCAUCCCCUCGACAUCUAAUGCAGUAGUUAGGCGAUACAAGACUGAAGAUGGAUUUUCAAAAAGUUUGAAAACCAAAAAAAAAAUUAUAAAGAUGCUUUGUGUCAUAGUAAUUGAAUUUUUCUUGUGUUGGACACCCCUCUACGUAAUAAAUACUUGGUUAAUGCAUCACCCAGAGUCUUUAAAACGACUUUUAAAUCCAUCGCGAACCUCCAUCAUUUUCCAUUUUAUAUCUCACAUUUCAGUAUGCUGCAACCCUAUAACAUAUUGCUUUAUGAAUCCAAAAUUUAGGCAGAGCUUGGCAGACAUUUUGAGUUCAUUCCGCGGUGGAAUACAUUUAUUCCGUUCAAAAAAAUCACAACUUGUUUCUAAUAACAUUACCUAUUUCAAAUAUAAUCAACGUUUCAGCAGUCGUCAAUAUCCCUAUAAACAAACGAAUUGCAACGAAUGCAAUAAUACUUACAAUGCUAAUGAUACUAAUAAUAUGUUCAACUCACCUGGUCAUGCUACCAAGAAAAAUAGGAGACACAAAACUUUGUUUAAUAGAACCCCUCAUAAAAAUGGAAAUUUUAUUAAUAAAAUAAUAGGAGCCUUGCCUUCAGAUUAUAUGUCACGACACAAGCAAAUAAACUUUUCGUCCCUUAAACGUAGCUCUAAUUCCAAAGAAAAUGCCACAUCGACAUCCCCUCUACCAUAUAAUGGGGCGGCAUUUGAAAUCAAAGUCGAUGGUAGAUUCAUUCGAGAUGAAUAGAUAUAUUUUUUAAAAAAAUUUAACCCUAUUUUCUGAACUAAGUAAGAUUCAUCUUUAAUUUUAAAAUUUGUUUCGUGCGAAC